AUGCCUCAAAAAGAAGUCUGCCCACGGGGCUACCAGCAAGUGCCCCAGGCCACGAGCUCUGAAGCUUCCGUUCAAGUUCGCAGCAGCACUAAGAGCAAGACUCCAUUCGACUUCACCUUCGAGGCCAUUCGCCCUAACCUCUUCCGUGCCACCUUCGCCUCCGCGGAGCACCCUAUUCCUCCCUAUCCCAGUGUUACCAAGCCCGAGACCAACCUUCAGGGUGUCAAUGUCUUUGCCAAGGAGGAUGCUACCUCCAAGACUAUGGAUGUCGCUGGCGUCACUGCCAAGGUAGAGUGGGAGCACACCCCCGUGGUCAACAUUUCGUGGACCGGCUCCGACAAGCCUCUUCACAGUGAUCUGCCUCUUCGAUCUUAUGUCGCAGACUCUGAGGGCGUCGCCAACUAUUCUAUCCAUGACCGGGAAUGUCUUCACGUCGGUCUGGGUGAGAAGGCAGCUCCAAUGGACCUGAGCGGCCGUAGCUUCCAGCUCUCCGCCACCGACUGCUUUGGUUACGAUGUCUACAACACCGACCCUCUGUAUAAGCACAUUCCACUCCUGAUCAAGGCCUCAGCCGAGGGUUGCGUGGCCAUUUUCUCCACCACCCACGGUCGUGGUCUGUGGUCCGUUGGUGCUGAGAUCGAUGGUCUCUGGGGUCAUUUCAAAGUGUACCGCCAGGAUUAUGGUGGUCUUGAGCAGUACUACAUUGUCGGAAAGACUAUCCCGGAUGUUGUCCGGUCCUAUGCCGAGUUGGUCGGCUUCCCGAUCCUUGUGCCCCGCUGGGCUUAUGGUUACAUCUCUGGUGGCUACAAGUACACCAUGCUGGAUGAGCCUCGGGCUCACUUGGCUCUUCUUGAGUUUGCCGAGAAGCUGAAGCAGCAUGGUAUUCCCUGCUCGGCUCACCAGAUGAGUUCCGGCUACUCUAUUGCUGAGACGGAGCCCAAGGUUCGCAAUGUCUUCACUUGGAACCGAAGCCGUUUCCCCGAUCCAGAGGACUGGAUUAAAAAGAUGCACGAAUAUGGUAUCCGUCUUUUGACCAACAUCAAGCCUUUCCUGUUGGAGUCUCACCCCGACUUCCAGCGGCUUGUUGAUGCAGGCGGAUUUUUCAAGGACUCUGACAAAGAGGCCGGUUACAUGCGUCUGUGGAGUGCUGGUGGUGCCACUGGCGGUGAUGGUGCUCACAUUGAUUUCACCUCCAAGGAGGCAUUCAAGUUCUGGUAUGACGGCGUGCAGAGCCUGAAGAAGGUUGGCAUUGAUGGCAUGUGGAAUGACAACAACGAAUACACCCUGCCCGAUGACGACUGGACAAUGUCUCUCAACGAGCCCACUGUCGCCGACGCCGCCGCAAAGAAUGUGAAGAACUCCGUCGGUCUCUGGGGUCGUGCCCUCCACACCGAGCUCAUGGGCAAGUCCUCGCACGAUGCCCUCCUCGACAUGGAGCCCAAGUAUCGUCCCUUCGUCCUGACCCGCAGUUCGACACCUGGUACAAACCGUUACGCUGCCAGCUCUUGGAGUGGUGACAACGUCACUAGUUGGGAGAACAUGAAGGGAGCCAACGCCCUAUCCCUCAACGCAGGUAUGUCCCUGCUUCAGUGCGAGGGACACGACAUUGGCGGAUUUGAGGGCCCCCAGCCUUCACCUGAGCUUCUCCUCCGCUGGAUCCAACUGGGCUGCCAUGCACCUCGCUUCGCCAUCAACUGCUUCAAGACCUCCCCCAAGGACUCCUCCGUCGGAGACGUCAUUGAGCCCUUCAUGUAUCCAGAAAUCACCCCACAAGUCCGCGAUACGAUCAAGCGCCGCUACGAGAUGCUGCCCUACAUCUACUCCCUCGGACUAGAAAGCCACAUGUUUGCCGCACCACCACAGCGCUGGACAGGCUGGGGCUACGAGUCCGACCCAGAAGUAUGGACCAAGGAGAUCAAGGCUGGCGAGUCCCAGUUCUGGUUCGGCGACAGCAUGAUCGUCGGCGGAGUCUACACAGCCGGCGUGAACACCGCCAACGUCUACCUGCCCCGCAAGUCAGGCAACGCCUUCGACUACGGCUACGUCAACAUGAACGCUCCAUACCAGUACAUCGCUUCCGGUCAAUGGGCUGAGAUCUCGUCCGAGUGGCAAAGCAGCAUCCCACUCAUUGCCCGCAUCGGCGGUGCCAUACCUGUCGGAAAGAACGUUCACACCCGCGUUCCUGGCGAUGACACCGCUGCUUCAAUGGCCGUUGAUGAAAUUGACGAUUACCGUGGUGUUGAGAUCUUCCCGCCCAAGGGCACUUCUCACGGCAACGUCUUCUCGAAGACCUGGUAUGAGGACGAUGGUAUCUCCGUCAAGCCCAAGACAUCCAGUUACACUGUUAGCUACAGCUCUACCGAGGAGAAAGUUCUUGUCAAGUUCGAGCGGGAUGAAAAGUCUGGCUUCGUUCCUGCAUGGAAGGAGCUGGAUAUUGUUUUGCAUAAUGGGGACCAGCGCCGUGUUGUUUCUAGUACUGGUGAUGAGAUUGUGCUUAAGGGUACUGACUCUCGUGGUCGUGUUAUUUAUACCCUCAAGGCUUGA